GCGGGCUGCAGCACGGGAGGAAAUGCCGCUGAAACCCGCCGCUCCCUCUCCCGCGCGGUCCUCGCCGGUGGCACCACCGCCACUGCCACCGCCACCGCAGCCAGCACCAUCGCCGCGCGUCGCCUUACCCUGCCACGGGCGCCGCGAGCUCUUGCUUCUAUCCGCGUCGGCGUCGCUCCCGCUCCCGUUUGCCCCAGCGGCGGCCUCGGCGCGCGGGCUGUUCCGCAUGCCGCCGCCGCGGCUGGCCAACCGCUACUUCCUGGUGCGCGCGGGCGAGUCGGUGUACGAGGGGCAGGGCGUCCUCCGCACCAACCCCGUCGCCAAGACCUCCGUCGACAGCGGCCUCUCCCCCGCCGGCCUGCGGCAGGCCGCCCGCGCCGCGCUCGAGCUCGAGCGCCUCGGCGCCUGCGAGGAUGACUGCUGGAUAUGGCCGUCCAUCACCCAGCGAGCCUACCAGGCUGCCGAGAUCAUCGCCGCCGCCAACGAAGUCAACCGCAGCCACAUUGUACCAGAGUACAGCUUCUUGGAUGCUCGUGGACUUGGUGCGUUUGAGGGGAAGAGCUUAGAAACAUUGCCCGAGGUGUAUGCAUCAGACAGUAUUUCGCCGGACAUCAAGCCACCUCCUAUUAAUGAUGGUACACCAAAUGAGAGUGUUGCAGAUGUAUUUGUUCGAGUAACACAGCUCAUGUCAAUACUAGAGACCCAAUACUCAGGGGACACUGUUGUCAUUGUUUCACCAGAUUCUGACAACUUGUCAAUUCUACAAGCUGGGUUGAUAGGGCUAGACCUCCGGAGGCAUAGCAGCCUAUUCUUUCAACCCGGUGAAGUUCGACCUGUUGAUCCUGCCAGUAUACCUGAAUACAAACAACCUGCCUCUACUGUUUUUAAGUGUACAAAUCCACCAAGUUGCAAAUGAUUUACUUAUUGUCAUACAACCAUGAAGGUACAGGUUACAUACUUCUGUACAUGAAGAAUAUAAAUAUAUCCCUAUGACAGUGUAUAGUUGAAAGGGCGUUUUGUUGCAUGCCCAGGCAUCUUUAACACCUUUGACUAAACCAUCAUUAACAUGAGUCAUUGUCUCGUAGACAUCUCUAGCUUUUACAAUGGUUUCUUUCAUUCUUGCAGUUCACAUGUCGCAGAAACGCUUUUAAAAUCUAUACAGUUCAUC